GCCCCGCCCCCGCUAGGCGUGCGCGUCGUGUGUGUUUGGGGCCCGUGCGGGUUGCACGUCCUGGAUCUUGGCGCCUCCUGCCCCCGAGGCCCAGCUACUGCCUCUGCGCCCCUCGCCCCGCCGGGCGUCGCAGGCCAUCAUGGGCCAGGAAAAGGAGCUGCUGAGGAUCGCCAAAAAGCUGGAGAAGAUGGUGGCCAGGAAGAGCACGGAAGGGGCCCUCGACCUUCUGAAGAAGCUGAACAGCUGUCGGAUGUCCAUCCAGCUACUGCAGACCACCAGGAUUGGCGUUGCUGUUAACGGGGUCCGCAAGCACUGCUCAGACAAGGAGGUGGUGUCCUUGGCCAAAGUCCUCAUCAAAAACUGGAAGCGGCUGCUGGACUCCCCUGGACCCCCCAAAGGAGAAAAAGGAGAAGAAAGAGACAGAGCAAAGAAGGACAAAGGGCUUGACCGCCCAGAUUGGAAGCCAGAAGCUGGUCUUUCUCCACCCAGGAAAAAGCCAGGAAAAGAGCCCAAGAGCAGGAGGGACUCUGUGGACUCCAAGUCUUCUGCCACCUCCUCUCCCAAAAGGCCACCGGUGGAAAGAUCCAACAGCAGCAAAUCGAAAGCAGAGAGCCCCAGAACACCCAGCAGCCCCUUGACCCCCACGUUUGCCCCCUCCCUCUGCCUCCUGGCCCCCUGCUAUCUCACCGGGGAUUCUGUCCGGGACAAGUGUGUGGAGAUGCUGUCAGCGGCCCUGAAGGCAGAAGAUGAUUACAAGGACUACGGGGUCAACUGUGACAAGAUGGCAUCCGAAAUCGAAGAUCAUAUCUACCAGGAGCUCUCGAGCACCGACAUGAAGUACCGCAACCGCGUGCGCAGCCGGAUCAGCAACCUCAAGGACCCCAGGAACCCCGGCCUCCGGCGGAAGGUGCUCAGCGGGGCCAUCGCCGCCGGGCUCAUCGCCAAGAUGACGGCAGAAGAAAUGGCCAGUGAUGAGCUGAGGGAGCUGAGGAACGCCAUGACCCAGGAGGCCAUCCGUGAGCACCAGAUGGCCAAGACCGGUGGCACCACCACUGACCUCUUCCAGUGCAGCAAAUGCAAGAAGAAGAACUGCACCUAUAACCAGGUGCAGACGCGCAGCGCUGAUGAGCCCAUGACCACCUUCGUCUUAUGCAACGAGUGCGGCAACCGCUGGAAGUUCUGCUGACGGGACAGCCGGCCAGGAUGGCAAUGAGCGAGGUGAGGAAGAGCUAAGAGGAAGCAUGAAAACGUCGGAACUGGAGAAAAUUAAAAUUAAAAUAAAGAAAAAUGCUGAACUCUGA